GCCACACUGUUUCUAAUUUAUGAUCAAGUUGGCAGCUUCUACAUUGUGCAACGCGAAACGAAGCAAAGAAUUGAAUAAAAACUUAAUUGGAAAACAAAUUCGGCGGUAAAAUGACGGUAAACAAGCGCGACGCGAGCGCUUCGCGUCCGCGUUGCUUUUUUGACAUUUCGCUGGGCGGUUUGGCGGUGGGACGCAUCGUGUUCGAGCUGUUUGCAGAUGUGGCGCCGAAGACGGCGGAAAACUUCCGGGCGCUGUGUACUGGCGAGAAGGGGGUGGGCCUGGUCACCGGCAAGAAGCUCCACUAUAAGGGAGUGAUUUUUCACCGUGUGGUCAAGGACUUCAUGGUUCAGGCUGGUGAUUUCAGUGCGGGCAAUGGUACCGGCGGCGAGUCCAUCUAUGGCGGCACCUUCGAGGAUGAAUGCUUUGAAAAGAAACACGACCGCCCAUUCCUGCUGUCCAUGGCGAACCGGGGCAAGAACACCAAUGGUGCCCAGUUCUUUAUUACAACACAGCCUGCGCCACAUUUGGACAAUAUCCAUGUUGUAUUUGGUCAAGUUAUUUCCGGCCAGGAGCUAGUCCGACAAUUGGAGGAGCUGCCAAUCGACAGGAACUCACGUCCUCUGCAGGAUGCGGCCAUUGCCAACUGUGGGGAAUUGGUUAGACAGACAAAGGCCAAAAAAGAAAAGAAGCGAAGGAAGCGCUCCGUUUCUAGUGACGAUUCCCACAGCGAGGAAAGCGAGGACGAAGUUAAGGCCACUAGCAAGGACUCUAAAAAGAAGAAGCGCAACCGCAAAGAGUCCAACUCGUCCGACAGUGAAGAUACUGAUGUCCGACGUGGAAAUGGUCGACACGAGCAAGCUCCGCCGGAUGAUGACGAGGAACGGGAAGAGGGCGAACUGCAUCCGCUGGUCACAGUUACAAAAAUAGAUCCCAACGAAAUUCCAGAGGUAUCCAACAAAUUUCUGAUGCGCGGCGAGAGAUCACGAUCGCGGGAUAGGGAUGAUCGUGGAGGUCGUGGACACGAUCGUGACAGGGGCAGGGAGAGGGAUAGAGAGCGGGACAGGGACCGCAACCGAAACGCCUUCGGUUGGUCGAAGAAACAGGCGCCGCCCAUGUCUCGCAGCGGUCGAAUUGUCAAAGGACGUGGCGUGUUUCGCUUCCGGACACCAUCACGCAGUCGCUCACGGAGCACAACUCCCCCGCACUGGAAGCAUGCCCAGAAACGCACCAUCAAGCUGGCAGAUUUGGAGCGCAUCGAGGAGGAGUCCAAAGUUCGCGACGAGGAGGUAAAGCGGCGGGAGCAAGAGCGCAAACGGCGCCACGACGAGGCAUCCAAGAAUCCCAAAAAGUCGUUCUUCGAGCUGCCGCAUGCGAGCACUUACGGAGACAAUUCUCCGGAGAAGGUCUCUUCGGAGCAGAAAGCCAAGAAUAAGGAUGCCGCCAAAGACAAUGACAAGGACAAGGAGGGCGAGAAGGAGAAACCGAAGGCGGAGACGCCCAACAAGAGACGCAAAUCAAUGGACAUGAAUGCCCUGGACUAUGAGCAGCAGACGGAAUCCGAACCGGAGUCCGAAGCCGAGGAGCGGGAGAAGGAGAAGCCGGCUCCCAAACUGGAAAGCAAGGUCGAACUGUCCACCAAGCAGGACCGCUUCUCGAGGCGCGAAGAUAACAAGCCGGACGAAAAGUUCAGGAACAAACGGAGUCGUUCGCCUAUCCGACGACCGGGACAGAAUCCCAACCAACACCAGCACCAGAAUCCGAAUCAAAAUCAGUUCAAUCGCAAUCGUCGCAACCCUUUUGCCGACAGGGAUCGACGCAACCGAUCCCGAUCGGGCGAUAAUGAGUACAGGAGUCGUUUUCCACUGUCGCCCAUCAGGAACAGGGACUCACCAAGCGGCGAUCGUCGACGACAGCAGCGUUCCCGCAGCCGUGGCCGAAGACAGGAUUCUCCGCCUCCCAGACGCCAGGAGUCGCCCCCGGUUAGGAAGCCCCAGGACUCCCAAAGUCGCAAGCAUCAGGAGGAGGAGUCAUUUGGGAAGAAGCGUCCGGAUUCGCCGACCAGAAAGCGUCUGGAUUCUUCCGGCAGAAGACCGCAGGAGUCGCCAAAUAAGAAGCGCGAAGAAUCCCAGGCUAGAAAACGGACAGAUUCUUUAAACAAGAGGAGUCAGGAUGCUCCUAGCAAGAAGCGACAGGACUCUCCGAACAGAAAGCAACAGGACUCGGUGGCGGGAAGGAGACAGGGAUCACCUGACAAGAAACGCAGGGAUUCGCCAGACAGAAAACGCAAGGACUCGCCGGACAGGAAACGCAAGGACUCACCGGACAGGAAACGCAGAGAUUCUCCCGAGAGGAGACGCAGAGACUCCCCCGAUUCGAGGCGUCGCGAAUCUCCCGGCAGAAGGCGAAGGGACUCGCCUGGACGACGGCGUAGGGACUCACCGGGGCGCAGGCGAAGGGACUCGCCGGGACGGCGGCGCAGUCGCAGCCGUGGACGCCGACACAGCUCGUCGCGAAGUCCGCUGCCCAAGCUCACUUCGGCGCUGCCGCUGGACGAGGAGAAGGACAAGGCGAUGGCCCGCGAGAAGAUGCAGAAGCGCGUGGAGGCGGCGCUGUUGUUGAAGGAGCACAUGCGCAAGGAAAUCGCCAAAGAGGAGGAGAGGCGGGCCGAGAAGCAGCGCCAGGACGACAUGGAAAAGGAGCGCACCACUCGCGAGCUGAACGAACUGGAGCGCCUGAAGGCUGAGACUCUGAAGAAGCUUCAAGACGAACUGCAUGCCUCUGAAGCUGCAGGUCCUGCCGAAGGAUCUGGCGCCAAAGCGGCAUCAUCAGCAGAAGCCAAAUCCGAAGCCAAUCGCGGCAAACGCGACGCGAGUCCUGAGGAUCGUCAUCGUGACAAGAAGCGCAAGCAUAAAAAGUCAAAGAGGUCCUCCGCCCGCUCAGACUCGGAAUAAUAUACAUACGUAUGUUAUGUAAGAAAGCCGAGAAAUAUCCUAGACAGUAAUUGAUCCUUAGUAGCAGUUAACCCCCUUUUUUUCUAACAUCUCCAUACCAUUAACACUUUCAGACAAAAUUGUAAAAAUCACUUCACCCAAACUAAAUAUUUACUGAAAAGCGUUCAAUAAAGGUAAACUUCACUGUAGUUUAUAAAAAACAA